CUCGACAAUAGAGAGCUGUUGGCCCUCGUAUUGGGGCUCAUGGAAGGGUAUGGGCAAAUUUUGUGAAGGGUGAAGAAAACAUGGGUCCACGGUCACCUCGGGGAAACCGGUGGCUCCGACAAACCCAAACCAGGCUCCACCUCUUAACUCGCUUAGCUGCAACACUCUGUUCACAUGCACUUCACACUGUCAGUGACGUGUCACACAACCAUCCAAAAAGCAAAAGCAGUUUCACUCCCACACUCUUUCACUCUCACUUGUGUGAGUUGUGUCCAAACUAGAAAGAAACCCAAACCCCAAACCAAAAUCAGUUCCAGAUAUUUGAGAAGAGAGAGAGAUUCCACACUCUCACUAUGGCGCUCUCCGUCCCCAUAGUGGCCAUCAUCACCUCCCUCCACCUCAUCGCCUUCAUCUUCGCCGUCGGCGCCGAACGACGCCGUUCCACGGCUAAGAUAGUCCCCGACGAGUACGAUGAGCAAACCUACUGUGUUUACGGCACCGACGCUUCCACCGUCUAUGGUUUGGCCGCGAUUGGUCUUCUUCUUCUCAGCCACACCGUGCUUAACGCCGUCACCAGGUGUCUCUGCUGCGGCAAAGGCUUAGUCUCCGGCUCCUCCACUACUCGCACCGUCUUCUUCUUCGUCUUCUCCUGUACUUGUUCUUUCUUCUCUACUCUUUUGUCUGCUUGGGAAUUCCAUUUGCUGCAUUUGCUAAAUGGAAGUUUGAACAAUGAAACCAGGACAACAUUUUUGGGAGCUGAGGCAUGCUUAUUGGCCGGGUCAGCAAGGAAUGCAUACCACACAAAAUACAGGGGGAAAUUUAACCUAGAUGACUUGUCCUGUGCCACUCUCCGUAAGGGCGUGUUUGCUGCAGCAGCUGCUCUUACACUGUUGUCGCUGAUAGGGGCAAACCUGUACUAUUGGUCACAUUCCAAAGCUGAUACCGGAGGGUGGGAGAAGCACCAUAAUGAGGGCCUUGGCAUGUCUAACUAUGGAGUGCAUGAGCAGCAGCAGCAACAAACCACUGGAUUCGAGAAGGUCUAAUGCUGCUAUGAUAUUGCUUAAUUUUCAAUGGCCAAUGGCCAUGCUUGUGGAAUGAGUUUGAGCUAGUAGAUCAGUAUUCAAAGUUCUCGUGGCUUUUGCUAUAACUUGUAUAUGCUAUGUCAUCUGCUCUUAGAGAUGCGAGUAAAAUAUUUUGGUGAACAAUGGAAGUAAUAUGUUCCAUCCUCCUUUUAUGCACGACCACUAUGUAACUUGCUUUUGAAAAUUCAAGUUGUGCACCCCACUAUGCUC